AUGAAGCCCCAAGUUGAGAGCCAUGUCAGCGCUGGCAGCAGAUCAGACGAUGACGAGAACCUCAGUCUCCUCAGCCAUGAGUCGCACGAAUCCAACAUUGCCGAAGAUGCAGCUCUACACACCCCAGACGACCGUAUUGAGGACGACCCUUCUGUGGACCCUCAGCCAGGUGUCCAGAACAUUGAGGCCGUCGCAAUGACAUGGACGACUGGCGCUCUCAUCACUGUCUACGUGAUGAUCUGGCUCACCCACUUUGUCGAGGGUGUCGUCGCAGGCUCGACCAUGAUCCUCACGCCUUAUGUCACGUCGGCAUUCGCCAUGCAUUCGCUAACCCCGACGGUCGGCAUUCUGAGCAGCGUCGUCGGCGGCGUCACAAAUCUCACCUUAGCCAAGAUCCUGGACGUGUUCGGACGCCCUCACGGCUUUCUAUUCUGCAUCAUGCUGGCCACUCUUGGACUCAUCAUGAUGACCGCCUGCAACAACAUUGAGAUGUAUGCUGUGGCCCAGGUUCUGGGCACUGUAGGCAAUAACGGCAUUCUGUAUAGCUUGAUGGUCUUCGUAGCCGAUACUUCUUCACUGCGGAACCGAGGCUUGUUGCAGGCCAUUGUCAGCUCGCCAAACAUCAUUACAUGCUUCGCAGCCGGACCGAUCGCGUCAAAAUUCCUUGAGGGGCCGGGUUGGCGCUGGGCUUUCGGCGUUUCUACGAUCAUGGUGCCCGCCAUCACGCUCCCGCUGUUCGGUGUCCUCUGGAACAACCAUCUCAAGGCGAAGAAGCAGGGUCUCGUCGUGAAGAACGGCGCCGACGACGAGGACCGCACGUUCUGGGAGGGCUUCCGUUACUACUGCGAGCAGUUCGAUGCCGUGGGCCUCAUCCUGCUCUCCUCCGGCGUCGCCCUCUUUCUGCUGCCGUUCAACCUCUACACCGUGCAGGGUUGGAGUCCUGCUGUCAUCCUGUGCAUGCUCGGCGCCGGCAUCAGUCUGACGGCCGGCUUUGUCGUCUGGGAGCGGCGGUACGCCUCGAUGACGCUGAUCCCUUACGCGCUGCUCGUCGACGGCACCGUCGCCGGCGCGUGCCUCCUGUCGGCGACGCUCUUCCUGAGCUACUUUGUCUGGAACAGCUUCUUCAGCUCGUACCUGCAGGUGGUCAACGAUCUCAGCGUCGAGAAUGCGAGCUACGUGGUGCAGAGCUACACCGUCUGCUCCGUUCUCUGCGGCAUCGGCGUCGGCGCCCUGAUCCACUACACGGGCCGCUUCCGUCCCAUCUGCCUACACGUCGGCAUCCCGCUUAGCGCCGCCGGCUCGGGGCUCAUGCUGUACCUGUGCAGCGUCGGCGCUGCCGUGGCGCCCAUUGUCCUGUGCCAGAUCCUCAUCUCCGUCGCCGCUGCCACCAUUAUGGUCUGCGACGAGCUCGCCAUCCUCGCCGCCGCCUCCCACCAGCACGUCGCCAUCUGCCUCGCCGUUCUCGGCAUGUUUGGCAACAUUGGCGGCGCAAUUGGCCUGACGGCCGCGUCGGCCAUUUGGCAGGACGUCUUCCCGCAGAGGCUCGAGGCGUAUCUCCCCCGCGCCGAGCUGCCAAACCUCGAACGCAUUUACGCCAACAUUUCCACGCAGCUGUCGUAUCCGGGUUGGGUCUGA